AUGGCCUCCUCAACCACCUUCAAAGCAACCUACACCAACUCAACCAACCUCUCCCCCUCCUUCACAUUGACCAAAGAUGUCCCCACCACCACCACCUCUUCAACCUCGUCAACAACAACAACAAUGACCACUUCCGAGCGCGCCAAGUACCUCCACGAACUCCGCCAGAUCGCCGCCACCUUCCAAGACGACAUCAACCGGGAACUCACGCAGCGAAUGGAGGAGGACAACAAGCGGGCACCCCAAAACCAGAGUAAGGGGAAGGAGGAGGAGGAGGCCAAGGAGGAGGAGAAUUAUGGCGAGGAGGUGGAGGAGGAGGAGGAAUGA